AUGUCGCUUAAACAAGAAAUUGAAACAUGGGUUGCCGCCCUGGAUGCUUAUGACAACCACGAGUUUGAACAGGCGCUGCGCUUGUUCAGUGAGAUUGCCGAUACCUCCAAGAUUCUGUUUAAUUGUGGAGUGAUCUAUGCAACAUUGGGUGAACACGACAGAGCGGUCGAUUGCUAUCAACGGGCAGUUGGGUUAGACCGGUAUCUAGCCAUCGCCUACUUUCAACAGGGUGUCUCCAACUUCUUGCUAGGAGACUUUGAGGAAGCAUUGGCCAAUUUCAACGACACAUUGUUAUACCUUCGGGGAAACACAUCUAUUGAUUAUGAACAGCUGGGGCUCAAGUUCCGCCUAUUCUCAUGUGAGGUGCUGUUCAAUCGUGGGUUAUGCUAUGUUUAUCUUCAACAAAUGGAUCCCGGAAUGAAAGACUUGCAGUUUGCGGCCAAGGAAAAGGUUACAGAAGACCAUGAUGUUAUCGAUGAUGCCAUACGCGAGAACGCAGAUGGAUAUACGGUGUUCUCCAUUCCUGUCGGAACCAUCUAUCGCCCCAAUGCAGCCAAAGUGAAGAACCUCAAGGCCAAAGAUUAUCUAGGGAAAUCCCGUCUUGUCGCUCAAUCAGAUCGAAACCACGGCAUCGAACACAACUGGAGGCCGAUUGUUAUUGAUAAGACCGCAUUUGAAGAUCGAGAUGGAAUGUCAUAUGCAGCCACGAAUCUAGUUCACAAGAAUCUCAGCAGUCGAACUCGUCAACAAUCAGAACCACCGAUAAACCGUGCCGCUUUUCCACCAACACCACCACCCGAUGAUCGAUCAGCCAAUACUGGGGCUGGUUCUAGUAGCCAAACUCACCACCGAACAACAUCCCUACGGAGUUCUCGGCCUCCGCGAUUGGACCUCGAGCGUCCAGGCGCUAGUGUGGAACGGCGACCUAGUGUCCCCGAGGUUGUAGCAUCACAACCGCUCGUACCAGCGCCACUUGCACCGAUAUCCACCGAAAAUCCCCGAAUAGGGACAACAAGAACAGCAUCGGAACCUCGUGGGCCGUCAUCUCGUCAGCAGAAUCUUCGCGUCUUCACACAAGAUGCAAACCAGGGCACUAGGCCUCAAGCGGAGGGCCAUCGAAGAAACCUCAGCGAAACCGAGUUCUCGCCUGUCAAAUCCCCUGUAAAUGGCGACCUUCAUUCCAAUUCCCGUAGUCUACACAAUUCAGGUUAUGGACGAGGAAGCCGAUACCAACCACCUCAGCUUAUCAAUGAAGAAGAGGAAGAGCAUGAUAGUCAAUUUCUUAAUGGGGAAAAACGUCAGAAUGGAGCUGAGGGCGGUGACUCUUCAUCACAAAAUCGGCGCACACGCUCUCCUGCCCGAUAUUCCAGAAAUGCAAAUUCAAGACGACCGGAAGUUCUGAAAUUCAGAACAAAGGUUCAUGCGCCUGAUGAUAUUCGAUACAUCAUGAUCGGACCUUCCAUCGAGUUCGGUGAAUUCGAAAUUAAAAUCAGAGAGAAAUUCGGGUUCCACAACCCUUUGAAGAUCAGGGUGCAAGAUGAUGGUGAUAUGAUUACUAUGGUUGAUCAAGAAGAUCUUGAUCUACUGCUUAGUUCAGCUCGAGAUAUUGCUCGACGUGAAGGAAGCGAGAUGGGGAAGAUGGAGGUCUGGGUUGAGGAACGCAAGCCCUGA